AUUCGCUUCCGGGUGAGAGGUGCCUGGUCGCCCUAGCAACCAUGGCGCACCCGGCGCUGAACGAGGGCUUCUUCCCUCCAGGCCACCGAGCUGGCGGCCCAGGGAGAAUCACAGAGUCCAGAAAAUCUCUCCCGCAGCCCUGUGUCAACUCCAGAAGUAUUUAAGAUAAACUUUAUAUUUCCAAAUGGAGACACGUAUGAUGGGGACUGUACAAGAACAUCUUCUGGAGUCAUUGAGAGAAAUGGAAUAGGUAUUCAUACCACUCCUAAUGGGAUUGUCUACACAGGAAGCUGGAAAGAUGACAAGAUGAAUGGUUUCGGAAGACUUGAGCAUUUUUCAGGAGCAAUAUAUGAAGGACACUUUAAGGACAAUAUGUUUCAUGGACUGGGAACUUAUACAUUCCCAACUGGGGCAAAGUACACUGGAAAUUUCAAUGAAAACAGGGUGGAAGGUGAAGGACAAUAUACUGAUAUCCAAGGACUAGAAUGGUGUGGUAACUUUCAUUUCACAGCUGCUCCAGGCCUGAAGCUAAAGCUCCAUAUGUAGAUAGCCUUUAAAGUGGUAAUUGCAGCUUUUACUUGUAAGGAAAACAACUAAAUCUGUCAUCUGAAAUAACUUCAUACACUAUCUGUUUACUUUUGCCAAUAAAACCAUCACUUAUUUACA